AUGUCGCGGGGCGUCAAGUUACCCUCCAUCCAGACGCUGAUCGCGUCUCUGGACCCAGACACCACGGUCUCCACCCAGACACCGCCGCCGCCGCUGCGGCUGCACGUGCCUGCAGCAGCACCGUCUGCGCUGCCUUCUGCAGCGCCAUCGAGUGCGCCGUCUUCUGCGUCGUCGUCGUACUCCACAGGCUCUUCUUCGUCGCCGUUUUCAUCGCUGGAGUCUGUGCCGUCGCCGGCGUCUUCGCCCUCUUCUGCGUCGUCGUCGUCGUCAUCGUCCUCCUCGUCUUUGACGGCGCCGCGUCGCUCCAACCUGCCCAAAAAGACUGUCGAAAUACUCAACCAUUGGCUUCUGUCACAUCUCAACUAUCCGUACCCGUCGCCACAGGAGAAACGCGAGCUGCUGCUCAAGACAGGUCUCAGCAAAGUACAGCUCAGUAACUGGUUCAUCAAUGUACGGCGUCGCAAGGUUUUCAGCGAUUACUACCUGAUGUCGCGGUCCUCGUCAACAGACACGGACGCAUCGCUGCAUCCCAGAGCCUCCUCUACUACCACUACCACAACAGUCGUCGCCGGUACUCUAGCGCCGCCACUACGCAAAGAAGCUGGUUCCUCUUUGUUGCCGGUGUCGUCGGAAGUGACCGAAAGACGUGCCAACACGUCUGCGCCCUUAACACGACGCAAGAAGUUGAUUGAUCGGCUCGAAGAGUUGAAACGGGCUUCGUCCUCGUCUUCGGCGUCACAGUCGUGA